GUGAACAUGUGAAAUCAUGUUGUAGCGGUUAAGCAAACGAGUUUGGCCACAAAUUAAAACACGAAGAUGUCGACAUUGAUGGAGAUUCCUGAGAUCCAGGUUGUAAGUCCGCAACCUGCCGUGAUGCCACAAGUGUCGCUAAACAGCAUCAUGCAGACAGCCAACGAAACAAUGCAGACAACCGACCUCGAUAAGAUUGAAGCGACUACCACAACACAGACUGAAAAUAGCAAGGAGAUGUUUUCAUUUGAGAAUUCGUCGUUUAUCAUGGAGGAAGAUGCCAAGUCAGGAGAGUUGCCUCCCUUAACUUACGUUGAUUUUAUGCCACGUUGUCUUGGGAGAGUUAUGGAAGAGUCAGAACCACAGUUUGCAGAUUUCAAAUCCGUGAUGGACCAGACGAACCAGUGGCUGGAGUCGAUGCCACAGUAUGCCGUCUUCAGGUGUGAGACCAUCACGAAGAAGCUGCAGCGAGGGGACUACAAACUGGACAACGAUGCCGUGAUGAGUCAUCACUCCAGUAAUGGGGACAACACGUUCAUCAGAGGGGUCAGGUUAUGGUUGAUGCCAAGAGAUGACCCGACAUCUCCAACUCAGAAAUUAUCCUACAUGACCGUAUUACCCGACCACGAAGAUCCCAAGGUGUAUGGCAAAAUGAACGGAUUGAUCUCGAGUGCGACAUUUCGCAUGACAGUGAAUCGCGUCAUGUCGCAGUUUGACUCUCUACCGACGUCAGUGGAGAAACUCAACAGACAUCUGAUGACAAGACCCAUACCAGGUAAACUUCUGAGUGUUGAGGUGUUGUCUCAGAUGAUCUCCCAGUCUCUGAAGGCCAGUUCUCCUAACACGGAGGUCACAUGCUGGAGCGAGUGUGGUAAAAACAACCGACUCUAUGUCAAUGCUCUUCGAGUCUUCUACGUCGUUGGGGAGUCUGCGUUUGAGUCAAUUGGUAUGCAUGACACCGUACCAGACAUAGUUCAGAAUUCUGACGGUUUUGCAGUGAAGGUCAAGUUCGCUCCGUUUAACACAGUGGUCAGCCAGGCCAGUCGGUGGCUGAAGGAUCAAGAGGGCUUGAGAGUGAUCAGUAUUCAGUCUCCCUACGUCAAAUGUGACCGACUCGGAAAUGGUGCAGUUUCUGUGAGUUCUGGCCAGGCAGGUUAUGUGGAGCUGACUAACUGCGAUUCCCAGUUUGUGAGAAUCAUGCGAGUCUUCUACACGAAGGACAAGAAAGUCUCCAGUGACCCGCUCACUCUGUCUUCUCGGCUGUUUGUUCCCGUUCGCAAGUUCGACACAGGAAGAGACUUCGAAGGUUUUUCAAACACGAUCCAGAGAGUGAUAAACUGGUUAAAUUUAACGAAAAGCCCAGUGUUGAGUGUGGAGACCGUACAGUACCAGAUCCACCCGGACAGCUGGGGGUCAGGCGUCCAGGAGAACAAGGUGGACAUGGUCAACUCUCACAGCAACGGGCGGUACUACCUCACCUGUGUCAGGCUGUAUUUUCCUGUGAUGUUUUCUGAGCCUCCACCGGAAAUGUUGAAAACCACAGAUGAAGAAGAAGUGGGGUGGGGCUGUGUUGUGCAAUAGAUGGACGUCUAGGAAUCAGGGUCAAUUGAAACACUUUGUGGUUGCAAUAACUGACAGGCUUUUGUGACAAGUUUCCACACAGGAGAUCAGUGUGGUCCUGCUGUCUGAUAUUCAUGGGAAACUCGACUUCACUUUGAUCAUACAUUACAAUAUGACUUCACUUUGAUCAUACAUUACAAUAUGGCUUCACUUUGAUCAUACAUUACAAUAUGGCUUCACUUUGAUCAUACAUUACAAUAUGACUUCACUUUGAUCAUACAUUACAAUAUGGCUUCACUUUGAUCAUACAUUACAAUAUGACUUCACUUUGAUCAUACAUUAGAUGAAACCAGUGAAACAUCUCUGUACACUACUGGAAUUAGUAAAUGGUGAUCAGUCACUUUUUGUUGCAGCCUUACUAUGUGACUCAUUUUCUUCUUUGUUUUCCCUUCAGUUGAAACACAAAUGAACAAAAAAAAAGCUACAAAAAAACAACAACCAAAAAACCCCAUUAAAAAACCAUGCAUUUAUUUCAUUAGGAAAAAACCCCAUGCAUUUAUUUCAUAAAAAAAAUCCCCAAAAGUUAGAAAUAUUGGCUACAGCAUCAGUGAUUUAUUGAGUGGGUUAAAGUGAUAAAUAUUGUUUUUGGUUGUUUGUUUGGUAAACACUGCUUUCAUUAUGAUAAUGUUUUUUUACUGCAAGGAUGAUUGUUGUUAUUGCUCGAUUGGCCAUCAUUCCUUCAUUUGUUUUGUUAUUUAAGAUAUUUCAGAAUCUGAUUACUCAUCAUCCACAUCCUACAUAAAGUAACAUCCACUUAUCUGCUGUUGCCCAUUUAAUUUAUUUCACAUUUACAUUAUUAUUGGAUUCACAGUUUAAGAAUACAAAUGUUGUUUUAAUGAUUUAUGUAUACACAAAUCCAUGUAUCCCACUGCAAAACAUUAAUCUGACUGACACAAUUUUAAAAUAUUUAAACAGGAAUGAGCUUGUUAUUAUGCAUGACUUAUGGUGAGGAUUAAAUGUUACUAAGUUAUGAAAUAUCUACACGUUAAACACAUUUCUGAAACUGCUCAGUUGUAUUGUUUUUGCAAAUUGUUACGUCAUUGAUAUUUCAGAGCUAAUAUUUAUAUGAUUAUUUAUGUUGAAUUAUUAUUGUUUAUGCGUGUUUGUGUGGAUUUGAUUAUGAAAAUGGUAUAAAACGGAGGAUAUCUGUCUCAUGAUUGUACAAAUUGAUGUGAUUGGUGUGUUAUUAAUUAGUGGGUUAAUUAGUUAAUAAAUAAUAACAUUUAACGUUUCAUGCCUGAUAGUUCCUCGGUAAAUAAGUAUGACCCAUUAAUAAAACCAUUUAUGCACCGUAGAAAUUUCUGUGCAGAUGUAUUUAAUGCACAAAAAGUACAUUUUCAGUAUUGACAGUUUUGUGCAAUACUUAAUUAAAUUAUACUUAAUUAAAAUUAUGUUUAUUUUGUGAAACAAAUAAUCACAUUGGGUGGAAGAUGGAAGCAUUUAUCCCAACCCAUCACCCGUAAACUAAAACAAGUUAAUAUAAUUUGACAUAAUCGGUAUUAAGAAAUAUCAAAUUGCGAAAUAGUCUCUUAUUGCCAGUAUAAUGAGUUCUGAGAAUGAUCCUCAGACCUUGAUUCUUUCAUGUCACUUGUUAACUCGAGGUGAACCAUUAACAGAGCAGGCAGUAAGGCAUUCAUACGGUAUUAAGAAAUAUCAAAUUGAGAAAUAGUCUCUUAUUGCCAGUAUAAUGAGUUCUGAGAAUGAUCCUCAUACCUUGAUUCUUUCAUGUCACUUGUUAACUCGAGGUGAACCAUUAACAGAGCAGGCAGUAAGUCAUUCAUACGGUAUUAAGAAAUAUCAAAUUGAGAAAUAGUCUCUUAUUGCCAGUAUAAUGAGUUCUGAGAAUGAUCCUCAUACCUUGAUUCUUUCAUGUCACUUGUUAACUCGAGGUGAACCAUUAACAGAGCAGGCAGUAAGGCAUUCAUACGGUAUUAAGAAAUAUCAAAUUGAGAAAUAGUCUCUUAUUGCCAGUAUAAUGAGUUCUGAGAAUGAUCCUCAUACCUUGAUUCUUUCAUGUCACUUGUUAACUCUAGGUGAACCAUUAACAGAGCAGGCAGUAAGGCAUUCAUACGGUAUUAAGAAAUAUCAAAUUGAGAAAUAGUCUCUUAUUGCCAGUAUAAUGAGUUCUGAGAAUGAUCCUCAUACCUUGAUUCUUUCAUGUCACUUGUUAAUUCGAGGUGAACCAUUAACAGAGCAGGCAGUAAGGCAUCAUACGUGUGUUAAAUGAUUUUAUAAGUGUGUUCGUGUGUGUGUGUGUUGAUACUGUGUGUGUUUUAAUGUUGAACUCAAACAGGAACAGGAGGAAAUGGGAGGUUGAUUGUCUCAUGAUUGUACAAAUUAUUUGUGAUUAAUAUACAAGUGAAUAACUCGUUGAAUUAGUAACUAAUUACAUUUAGUGUUUAUUACCAGGAAAUGUGGAUAGUUUUUUUGAAUUAAUAACUCAUUAUAUUUAGUGAUUGGACCACGUACAUAUGAAUAGUUUGUUUGAUUAGUAACUGAUCACAUUUAGUGACUGGACCAUAUACUUGUGAAUAGUUUGUUUGAUUAGUAACUGAUCACAUUUAGUGACUGGACCAUAUACUUGUGAAUAGUUUGUUUGAUUAGUAACUGAUCACAUUUAGUGACUGGACCAUAUACUUGUGAAUAGUUUGUUUGAUUAAUGACUGAUCACAUUUAGUGACUGGACCAUAUACUUGUGAAUAGUUUGUUUGAUUAGUAACUGAUCACAUUUAGUGACUGGACCAUAUACUUGUGAAUAGUUUGUUUGAUUAGUAACUGAUCACAUUUAGUGACUGGACCAUAUACUUGUGAAUAGUUUGUUUGAUUAGUAACUGAUCACAUUUAGUGACUGGACCAUAUACUUGUGAAUAGUUUGUUUGAUUAAUGACUGAUCACAUUUAGUGACUGGACCAUAUACUUGUGAAUAGUUUGUUUGAUUAGUAACUGAUCACAUUUAGUGACUGGACCAUAUACUUGUGAAUAGUUUGUUUGAUUAAUGACUGAUCACAUUUAGUGACUGGACCAUAUACUUGUGAAUAGUUUGUUUGAUUAAUGACUGAUCAUUUAGUGACUGGACCAUAUACUUGUGAAUAGUUUGUUUGAUUAAUGACUGAUCAUUUAGUGACUGGACCAUAUACUUGUGAAUAGUUUGUUUGAUUAAUGACUGAUCACAUUUACUUGUGAAUUGUUUGUUUGAUUAGUAACUGAUCACAUUUAGUGACUGGACCAUAUACUUGUGAAUAGUUUGUUUGAUUAAUGACUGAUCACAUUUAGUGACUGGACCAUAUACUUGUGAAUAGUUUGUUUGAUUAAUGACUGAUCACAUUUAGUGACUGGACCAUAUACUUGUGAAUAGUUUGUUUGAUUAAUGACUGAUCAAAUUUAGUGACUGGACCAUAUACUUGUGAAUAGUUUGUUUGAUUAAUGACUGAUCACAUAUACUUGUGAAUAGUUUGUUUGAUUAGUAACUGAUCACAUUUAGUGACUGGACCAUAUACUUGUGAAUAGUUUGUUUGAUUAGUAACUGAUCACAUUUAGUGACUGGACCAUAUACUUGUGAAUAGUUUGUUUGAUUAAUGACUGAUCACAUUUAGUGACUGGACCAUAUACUUGUGAAUAGUUUGUUUGAUUAAUGACUGAUCACAUUUACUUGUGAAUUGUUUGUUUGAUUAGUAACUGAUCACAUUUAGUGAUUAGACCAUAUACAUUCAGUGAUAGGUUACUAUGUAUGUGUGAAUCACUUGCUCAAUUAUGACUAAUUAAAUUCAGUUAAUGCCAACAGACCUCAAACGUUUGUGUCUGUAGUAAAUAAACAAUAUAUUUUACAGGUAGUAAGUUAUAUAAUAAAUGAGUUACACAAUUUUAAGAUGACUGUAGAUUUCACCGUAUAACAGUUAGAUGUUGAUAAUGUAUUUAGCAAUAAGACAGCAAGUUGUUUGUAAGUCUGCAAGUUCAAAUCUUGACUGUUACUACAAUCAGUGGUCAUAAUUCUGUUCACUGCAUUUUUAUACUGGACUGGUUUCAAUUAUCAUGUAUUAUGUUGUGGAUAUUAUCAAAUUUUAAAUACCUUUUCAUAACCUCAUCUAAUAUUUCGGUGAAGAUCGUUAAGUACAUAACCACCGAUUGUUACUAAGACAAGCUGUAUUGCUAUGUUUCAGGAUGAAAUAAUGUUCACUUAUCCUAUAACUUACCCAUAAUAUCCAUGUAAUAAACACAUUUGAUAUUUUACCUUAAUAUUUUAAUAGGUUUAUAUUUGUACUGCUGUCGGUGGGUCGUUUGUUUACAAGCCAUUGAGACCUGUAACUCUGGGUGCAACAUUUUGAUAAAAUUUUGUCAAGUGCAUAAUCUCAGGAGACUUUAGAGCUGUGAUCAAAUUAAAAUGAUAUUUAAAAGUGUUAUAGGAUAAAUACAAUUCACUACUCAAGUUUUAUUAUAUGUAAAAUAUAACCUUUGUCUAGUUAACAGAUUAACAUAGACUCUGUUGAUAUUUUCCAUAUAAAAAACCAUGACAAAUCCUCUGUAUAUGACAUGGACAACUUAGUGUUUGCAAUACCAUUCCUUGCUGUACGCUACACCACAACGAUAUGUUCGAUAUGUCCGUCUGUACUAGCAUCUGAUGUGUGAUACCUUACAUUCCGUCCUGAAUUUUGUAGAACGUUUUGUCAAAAACUGCAAGAGUAUUUAAAAUGGUUGAUAUUUAUGGUUUGUUAAAAUGCAUUUACUCAUAUAAAUAUUAUUAUAUUCAUAUUUUAUUAUAUACUUUUUUGACAAUAAAAUAUGGUGUACUUUUUUGCAA